AUAAUUCUUAUCGAACAUAUAUUCCACUUUUUUAAAAAGAUUUCCCAAGAUGAUUUGGUCUUUAUACAUAAGUCCUGUGCAACUUUUCUUUCACAGUUCCAAGUAUCCGUUUCGUAUUUCUCGAGCCUUUACGAGUGAGGGGAAAUCGGCAGUGGUGAAAAUAAAAUCUAAAAACGACUCGUCUUUCCGUUUGUUCACUAUUACAAACGAUUCACCAGAAGUCCUGCGGAACAUUAUAUUCAAGCAACCAUGGUUUGAAAAUUUGAGCCCGCACCCAAUAUUUCUCGAAUGUUAUUUUUCGAGGUAUGAAAAAGGAGCUGCCGAGCCACCAGAUGAGGGUGAAUCAGAUGAAGUUUAAUAAAUCGAAACUUAAAAACCCACCAAUCAAAACCUCAUCACAAAAUGUGCAUAAACAAAAGUAAAAAUAUAAUAUAGCAUUUUCAUAGUUUUAAAUCCAA